AUGAGGGACCCCUGCAGAACAAACGCCAAGUCUGCUGAAAAGCUAAACGCCAGCGCCCGUGCAGCUAUCAAGCCAAGAACUCGGAGCUCAUCCCCAGGACCUAUAACAGAGGAAUGUAUGGUGGUAACGCGGGUCCAGGUGGAAGCAAGUGAGCCGGAGGGCUUCAACUUCACAAUUGUUGUCGGAUAUGAUACGCAGGCGCACAAGGAACCUGCUGCGGUGCGAUGGGACAAGGUGGUAGAGAGGGUUUGGAAGGAGAUAGGAGACGAGGGGGAGACAUUGGACACGGAAGGGUUUGGGGGGUUCAAGAAGAAAGUCAAGGAAAUGCUAGAAAGUAGGGAGGAGGCAACCCUUCGGAAGAAGGUACGAAGCGAAGACCACUUGGAGACAUACGGGAAGUUGAAAGAAGGGAUAAGGAUGAAGAGCUACUUGGACGGCCCCAUGGACGACGCAAAAAAACUGAAGUUGCAAUUUCGAGUAGGCGAUCUGGACUUGCCAGAACGGAGGAAGAGGUACAGUUGCCGUAGGAGAGAGGAAGAGGAGGAUAGACAGACAUGUCCAUGUGGCAAAUCGGAGGAGAGUAGACCCCACAUAGUUGGGGAGUGUGAGCUGUACAGGAAGGAAAGAGAGGAUCUCGAGGAGGACAUGAGACAUUGA